AUGGACUCAAAACAAUUUCCAUUCUAUCAGGUUUUGCACCAAUGGCGAUCCAAUACCUUAGGUAAGAAGGAUGACCUUCGGAAUGGCUGUUUUUGGAACGAACCUGGUGAAGUCAUUGCACUUGAGGACCCUGGUGCGAUCAGAGUUCUUGUAUGCGGAAACUGUGGAGUUGGGAAGUCUUCUUUGAUCAACAAAGUAUUCGGUGUUACAGUGGCGACAGUUUCACAUCGGACUCGUGGUAUACAUCAAAUCAACGAUGAGCUGUCAUGGAAAGAUAGACCGGAUCUUAUUGUCCAUGAUUCGGGCGGUUUCGAAGCGGGUGGCGACGACGAACUACGCUGUGUUCAAGACUUCCUCAGAAAGAAGUCAUCCGAGACCGACCUGGAGAAAAGGUUACACGUAAUUUGGCACAAGCUUAUGGACUGGCGAUUUAGGUACUGUUUUGCACUCAACGAGCCCAGGCCUGAGCAGGCUGCUCAAGAUAAGCUAUUCAAAGCCCUCUCAUCCUAUGCACAGGAUGUACCCAUUGUUGCUAUCGCAACCAAAAAGGAUCAAUUUCUCGGUGCCAAGUGGGCAGAAGAGCGUCUUAAUCUAGACAAUCGCAAUGAAACGGUAACCUUGGAGAAGCUCGAUCUUUAUGCCGCAAAAAAGAUGCAUGACGAGUUGUAUCAGAUUGAUAAAGACCUGAAACGAAUAGGCCAUUUUGAUGAUCUUGUUACUAUAUCAAAAGACGAUGAUAAAUCAAUCGGCCAGCUCAGUCUCGCAACAACGCAACUUUUCACCCACGAGAGGGUCAGGCUACUGUAUAUACGGGCCCAAGCUACACGCCUCGAUCUGAAGGUCGACCUGGCUCUGGCUGAGACUAUGAAAAUUUACAAGAGAAUUUUGAUCAGUUCAUCAUCCAUAGGCGCUGUGCCAAGCGCGAUGACAAUGAACCGUACCGCUGCUGCCAUUGAUAUAUGUCGAACAAUUGUCACCAGCUUUGGUAUCUCGACUAUCACAGCCCAAACAAUCUUCGAAAUCUGCAAGGCGAAUCUAUGGGAUGACAUGGGCAACAACAUCCGUACUACGAUUGCUGAACUAUGCGCUGUCGUCGGAGUGGGCGCCACUGUAGUUACUGGCGGCAUGCCGUUUUUCCUGCUUCCCAUGGCUACGAACAUCCCGUUAGUGGUCAAGGCGACGGCACGAUUGGUCCUCAUGCUAGCUUGUGAUGUCGUUCUGAUACUCACUCGAGCUUUCAGAGAAGCGGCAGUCAAGUCGAUCACGAAGCCAGAGAGGCGAGAUGUGGAAAACGCGGCCGUGGCGUACCGCCAACACUGUCACCAAGUGCAUCUUCGUGUAAAGAACGCACUCAGCAACGUGCUCAAAUGUUACCAAACUGGUCCAGUUGAAACGUUGAUGACACAGACUAUCGAAGAAUUCAAGUGCACGGUCUUGGAAGGAGUAGGGGCACCGCUCCCACAUAACUUCAAGCGUGAUUAUUCAGAGAAGGAGGGGGCGUACUCUGAUAGCUCAAGUAUUCUUUCAGAUAGCUCUAGUGCCCUUGCUGGCGUUCUAGAAGAAAGUAAAUUCUAA